AUCACAAUGGCAAAAGACUUCGAUGUUAUGUACCUUGCUUAUUUCAUUUCCUUCAUAGCAACCUCUGUUGCAAUAACAGCUCCUCUACAAUUGGAUCCGAACGAUGUGCCUUCAAAAUAUAACUAUGUUUGUGAACCUUCAAGGUUUUUAAUGCAAGGCCUUGACAUGUCAAAACUUAGAUACUGCAACUCAUCCCUUUCGUAUGAGGUUAGGGCGGCAGAUUUGGUGGCUCGAAUGACAUUGGGUGAAAAAGUACAGCAAUUGAAUGAUCAAGCAACUGGCGUUCCUAGGAUUGGCUUACCACAAUAUAAAUGGUGGUCUGAGGCAUUACACGGCGUCUCUAAUGUCGGACAUGGGACCAGGUUUGAUGAUCUUGUUCCUGGGGCAACAAGUUUUCCCACCGUGAUUCUCUUAGCUGCAUCUUUCAAUCAAUCACUCUGGAAAAAUAUUGGCGAGGUUGUUUCAACGGAAGCAAGAGCAAUGUACAAUUUAGGACGCUCGGGACUUACAUUUUGGAGUCCAAACAUUAAUGUGGUAAGGGAUCCUAGAUGGGGAAGGAUUACCGAGACACCCGGUGAAGAUCCUUUUGUAGUCGGUACAUAUGCUGUUAACUAUGUAAGAGGCCUACAAGAUGUUAAAGGAGUGAAAAAUCCCAAAGAUCCGAAUUCUAGGCCGCUCAAGAUUUCUGCAUGUUGCAAGCAUUAUGCUGCUUACGAUGUCGAUAACUGGCGUGGUAUUGAUCGAUACCAUUUCGAUGCCAAGGUGACUGAACAAGAUAUGUUGGAGACGUUUCUUCGUCCCUUUGAAAUGUGUGUUCAAGAUGGUGAUGUUAGUAGUGUGAUGUGCUCUUAUAACCGUGUGGAUGGCAUUCCUACCUGUGCUGAUCCAAAUCUUCUUAAAGGGAUAGUUAGAAGGGAUUGGCGUUUUCAUGGCUACAUAGUGGCAGAUUGUGACUCCAUUGAGGUGAUGGUGAAUGAUCAUAAAUGGCUAAAUGACACUGCAGAAGAUGCCGUGGCACAAGUGCUCAAAGCAGGAUUGGACUUAGACUGUGGAGAUUAUUACGGUAAAUACCUUCAAAAUGCCGUGAUGCAAGGCAAAGUAUUGGAGGGAGACAUUGAUAGGUCGUUGAAGUAUCUCUACGUGGUUCUCAUGAGGCUUGGCUUUUUUGAUGGAAAUCCAUCAUUUGCAUCACUAGGCAAGAACGACGUUUGCUCCCCACAACAUAUCGAACUAGCAACUGAGGCAGCUAGAGAAGGAAUUGUGCUUCUUAAGAAUGAGAAUGGGACUUUGCCAUUAAACCCUACCCACUUUAAGUCCCUUGCUUUAAUUGGGCCACACGCCAAUGCUACCUUUGCAAUGAUUGGAAACUAUGCAGGUAUCCCAUGCCAGUAUGUGUCUCCACUUGAUGGCUUUUCAUUAGUUAGCGAAGUCAAAUAUGAAAGGGGAUGCGACAACGUCGCAUGCAAGAGUGGGUCAUUUAUCACCCCAGCCAUGGAAGCUGCAAAAAACACAGAUGCUACCAUACUUUUUGUGGGGUUGGACUUAUCGGUCGAGGCUGAGAGCUUAGACAGAGUGGACCUCCUUCUUCCCGGUUACCAAACUGAAUUGGUCAACAAUGUCACAGAAGUUUCAAAGGGUCCAGUGAUUCUCGUGAUCAUGUCAGCAGGGGGAAUUGAUAUCUCUUUUGCCAAAAACAACCCUAAAAUAAAAGCUAUCCUUUGGGCAGGAUACCCUGGUGAGCAAGGUGGCCAUGCCAUAGCAGAUAUUGUUUUUGGAAAGCAUAAUCCUGGAGGAAGAUUACCCAUCACAUGGUAUGAGGCUGAUUAUGUUAAUAAGGUACCAAUGACAUCUAUGCCACUAAGACCAGUUGAUAGCCUAGGCUAUCCUGGGAGGACAUACAAGUUCUUCAACGGCUCGACAGUCUACCCCUUCGGCUAUGGCUUGAGCUAUACGAAGUUCAAUUAUGAUAUAACAUCCAAAGAAAUGUCCCUCAAUAUUACAUUGAGCAAGUACCAACAAUGCCGCAACUUGAAUUACACGAAUGAAGCAUACGUGAAGCCUUGUCCAGCAGUUAUACUUGAUGAUUUAACAUGCAAGGAUAAAUUUUCUCUUAUGGUUGAAGUGCAAAAUACUGGGGACAUGGAAGGAAGUGAUGUUAUUAUUGUGUACUCCAAGCCUCCAGAGGGAAUCAUUGGGACGCAUUUCAAGCAAGUGAUUGGAUUUCAGAGGGUUUAUGUUCCGACGAGGAAGAGGCACAUGGUUAGUUUCACAUUCAAUGCCUGCAAGAGCUUAAGAAUUGUCGACAACGCUGGAUAUAGUCUGUUACCAUCCGGUCGACAUACAAUUAUGGUGGGAGACGCUGCAGCAUCAAUUUCUAUUGAUGUUGCCUUUUCCUGGCAACUUUAGGGGCUUAAGUUGGACUUUAGUCCAAAACUUUUGCUUGAUUUGAGGUGAUUCUAGAUUGAAAGCAAGUGAAAAUGUGAUUCCUUGCAAAUUAAAUAAAAUAUUUCACCAAAA